CUGGCUUUGUGCGCCGGAGAUCUCCUCUCGCCGGGCGAAGAUGUCGCAUUACCUGAAAGGAGGGGUUGUCAUCGGGCACCAAAUGCUGGAAGGGAAGCAUCAUUACGAAGUGCAAGAUGUCCUCCACUGCAAGAGUGCCCAUUCCCUGUUCAGGAGGGGCGACUGGUUGCUGCAGGUGAAUGACAAAAAGGCAUCUGACUUCCCACCGGAGAUCCUAGCUGAGUUACUCCGGGGCAACUCCACACAGCUGACUGUUCAUCGUCCUGAGCGCAGUGAGGAUACCCACGUCCCUGAGAAUCUCGGUGACACUGUAUAUUGGCCGUACGACAAGCAGAAGAUGGAGCUGCUGUUCAGUUUGGAGAUGACGCGAUCCUGUGAGGGCCUGGUGGAGCCAGCCCCAGCUGAGAACCAUGAUCCUUUACUGGCAGGGGACAGCGGGAGGUUACACGGUGAACACACCGGUGCGGAAACUUUCUGUAAAGCUCCCAGCGACAGGCUCGGUGGAGAGGAGGCUGCAGGCGCUAUGUGCGGCAGUGUGAAACCACACGGACUGCUGGUGGCUUUGAAUCGGGCUUCCCUCUGCAGAGUGCAGGGGCGUGGCCCGUCUUGGUCCUCAGCGCUCACGUGUCCCGUGUGCCAGAAGAAAGAAUGUGACAUACACAGUGUUAUUGUCAACUCGGAGGUGAAAUCGGAACUCUAUUAUCUGGAAGAACAAGUGCCCCCCGGUGAUUGCUGUGGGAUGAUCAUGAAGGUAAUGAACAGCGAAUACCCACUCCUAAUUCACAACGAGAGAGACCAGUACCUCCGGCCUGGCAACUGCUACCAAACCAUAGUGCUGAGCCAGCAGGUUCCUGAGUCUGCCCAGCUGACAAUCUUUUAUUACAAGUCCAACAAGAUUCUCAAGCCAUAUUGUGGGAUGCCUGUGGUGCUCAAUUUUUCAAAAACAAAUUAUUUCCUGGCAUGUCAGACAGAAGGGAGCGACGUCCUGCUCAAGAUCGAGGUGAGGGAGCCACUGUUGUUCUCCGGUUUGUUGCGGCCAGCUGGCUAUGGGUGGAGAAAGCUCAUUGCUGUCAUGAAAUAGUCUGCAAUAUUAAGAUACGAGAGCACAGGCGAUUAAAAACCAUGGAAGCUGUCUCAUGACAGAAUACUGGCAUCUGACACAAGCCCCAGCCACACUGCCCAGGUCAGAGUUGACAAUGUCACAUCAACACCCUCUGAUCACCUCUUCACACACGCAUAUUCAUAC